AUUAUCAUUAACAAACAAUCAAAAUCAAUCAAAAUUUUCAGCUCAAUUACAUUUCUAUUCCAAAAUCACUUAUAUUCCCUCUUUUGAAUCUCAGAAAUGUAUAGUCCGUUCUUCACAAAUCACCGGAGGUACCAGCAGCCCUACCCGACUUACCAUCCAUUUCACUCCGUUUACCACGCCGAUCCAGCGGAGAGGUCCGCAGCGCCGAAAGUAGUUCGGAUUCCUGUUCAAUUUGGUGGAUCCGAGCGAUUAGACCGGACGGAGUCGGCCGUGAAGAUACAGAAGGUUUUCAGGGGGUUUUUGGCGAGGAAGAGCCUGCGGAAGGUGAAGGACGUUAAAAUGGAGGUGGAUGAGAUCGAGGAGAGGCUGAGGAGGCGCGAAACCAUGGAGUUGGUGAAGACGGACGCGAAGGAGCGGUUACGGAUGAGCGAGAGUUUGAUGUCUCUGCUGCUGAAGCUGGAUUCGAUCCGCGGCGUGGAUCUCGGGGUUAGGGGAUGCAGGAAGGCUGUGAUUCGUAAGGCGAUCGGUUUGCAGGAGCGGAUUGACGCGAUCGUCGCCGGCGAAAUUGAGGGCGGGGAGAGUGAGUGUGGCGCGGAAUUGGAGGAAUCGUGCGGGAUGGAGAGGGGUAUGGGGGAUUGUGAGGAGAAGGCGAGUGGCGGAAGAGAGAGAGAGUUGUUGGAGAUGGUGGUGAAGGAGAAUGAGAAGAUGGUGAGGAUGAUGAGUGAGUUGUUUGAGAGGAAUGAGGCGCAGACGAAGAUGCUGAACGCGCUGACGCAGCGCGUGGGGAUGUUGGAGAGGGUGAUCGUGUGUGAUAGGUUGAGGAGGAAGAAGAAGAAGGCCGCGCCAUUGCCCUGUACAGACAAAUAAUUGUAUGUUGUUUACUUAUUGAUGGAAAUUCGUAUUUCUUUGAUGUAUUUCACUAAUUCGUAUUGUAAUUGACGGCGGGCAAUUGCAACACUCGUAUGCAUUUUAUUUUGUUCACAA